AACACAAAUCACAUUUCUAUUCGUUUUCUGUGUAUUUUUGCGUCGAAAUAUUUUAGUCAACAGCGAAACUCUUUUUUUUUUGUUCAUCAGAAUAUAAAUAGUACGCCACAGAGCAACAAACAUACCGAUGUUUUCUGCUAUAUGUAUAUUGCAAUAUAAAAAAUAAAGGAGAACAGCCAAAUCUUUGUUUAUCAAUAAUAAUAUACAGUGGUGAUCAUCAACAUCUUGCAAUUUAUUUUUACGUAAAGAAGUUUGAAUCACUUUUGCAAAUGAACCGAAGUUUCUUCGAAACAAAAUUGUGAUUUUUUUUUGUUCGGUGUGUUUCCGGAACAAUGUGAACGAUCAAAAAAAAAGCGACGAGAAGAAAGAACACUUUUGGUUUUCUGCGAAGAAAAUAGAAUUACCAAAAAUCUAAAACGAAAAAACAGCAAAAAUGUCCUCGCAAAAUAAAACUAAAACUGACGAUGACUACAGCAAUGUUCAUAUAGUGAAUCCAUUUGUACAUAAACUGAAAUUGGAGAAUACAUUCGAUAAAUUCAAGACCGCAGUAUUAACAGUUGUGCUACUUCCUGUCCGAGUAUUGAUAAUAUGUAUCUUGUUGGUAAUUGCUUGGGGAUUGGCCAGCAUCGGAUUGUACGGCUUAACAAUGGAAGAUCUACAAACAAAGCCUAUGUCCGGUUGGAGACGGAAAUUUCAAAGUUUAACGGCUAUGUCCAUGCGAGCAAUGUUUGUGGCAGGUUCAUUCCAUAAUCUGAAAUUAAUUGGUAAACCGGCGUCACCUAAAGACGCUCCGAUUGUGGUUGUGGCACCGCACUCUUCAUUCUUUGAUUCGAUUGUACCGAUUUCAGUGGGGGCUGUGCCGUGUUGCGUUUUAGCAAAAAUUGAAACUUCGUCUUUGGCAUUUUUCGGAAAACUAAUUAACUUUACGCAGCCGAUAUACGUCAGCAGAGAAGAUCCAAACUCUCGUCAGAAUACUAUCAAAAGUAUAAUUGAGCGUGCGAAUUCCAAAUUGGACUGGCCACAGAUUAUUAUCUUUCCGGAAGGAACGUGCACCAACCGAUCUUGUUUAAUCACAUUCAAACCGGGCGCUUUUUAUCCAGGAGUUCCCGUUCAACCGGUCUGCAUCCGGUAUCCAAACAAAUUGGACACGGUCACUUGGACAUGGGAAGGGCCAGGAGUUCUAAAGCUGUUGUGGCUGACAUUAACCCAAAUCCAAACUGCAUGCGAAAUUGAAUUUUUGCCGGUGUACGUACCCAGCGAUGAAGAGAAAAAGAAUCCGAAAAUGUUUGCCAACAAUGUGCGAAAAGUUAUGGCAAAAGCAUUGGAUGUACCAACAUCUGACUACACUUAUGACGAUUGUCGACUGAUGACACGAGCCAAAGAAUUAAAUAUUCCGAAUGCGGCAGACAUUGUCGAAAUUGAAAGACUAAACCAAAAAAUCAGCAUCGACCAGAGACACAUUGAAGAGAAUAUCUUGGCCACCGGAAGAAUAAAUUCAAAGAAUUGCUACGUAUCGUUGUCAGAGUUUGCAAAGCUAUUGGAGGUAGCUCCCAACGAUGUUUCUACCAAGCUAUUGUUCUCACUGUUCCGAAAGGACAACGAGGAAAAUAUUGACUUUCGAGACUACUUAAUGUGUGCCAUUUUUCUCAACCGAACCAGCGUACCUGCAAUCCAAAUAUUGGAAUCGAUAUCGAAACUUUAUGAGACGAAAGUCGACUACGUCGAGACGAACACAUCGACGAAGGGUCUACUGAAUACCGAUGGACUACUCAAUGUAAUGAAACAUGCAAUGCCAUUAACAUCCGACGACUGUACCGCUAUAUUUACUCAGCUUGAUAAACGAAACCAAAAAUUAAUUAGUUUUUAUGAUCUGCAAGAAUGGUUGUCGUCGAAACCAGAACAUUCUCAUCUCUUCAAAGCCACGGACCUACCGACGAAAAGGAAAAUACAAUGCGAUCAGUGAUAUACUCUAAGCGGUUGUCCCAGCUUCAACAGAGCUCAUUAACUUAACUUAAUUUAUUCAUUUUGAUGUGAUUUUAGUAACUGAAACAAAGAAGAUUAUCGAUACAAUUAAAAAUUUAUCGUCGCGA